GCUGAUCGAACCACCUGACCAGUCUUGGGGUGAAUUGAACGGAACAUGGAGCGGUCUCCUUGGAAUGGUAGAACGAAAUGAAGUCGACCUGUCUGGCAUACCUUACGGACUAGUCCUUAAGAGAAGCAAGUCCUUUGCAUUUUCUUCUAUUCUGUACCAAUCAGUAUGUGAAGUCGUCUAUAAGAAACUGUCAACUAAUGACAACCGCUGGAUGUUGUUGUUGUCUGUAUUUAAAUGGGAAGUGUAUGUAUGCGGACUGCUGACGAUGGCCUGGUGCAUAGGUCUGUAUACACUGCUGGAACGAUACAGAGUUAGAGAGCAUAUUGGGACUGAUGAGUUUCCUACACAUCCACCAUCAACAUCGGACAGUGUCAUGACGGUGAUUCGUGUGCCGUUCAAUAAAGGUUCCCUGCAUCUCCCACAGAGCGUACCGGGCCGCAUAUUCCACACAAGCUGGUGGAUGUUUUGCAUCAGCAUUGUUGCAGUAUACACUGGUAACCUGGUUGCCAUUAUAUCAGUGGUGAAAGAGAUAAACCCUUUUAAUACAAUGGAAGACCUUGCAGAAAACGAAGACUUCAAAAUAUUUAUUCGUAAAGGAUCAUCCUAUGAAGAUCUGUACAAGGUCUGUACUAUUUGUACGCUGUGUAGUUGCAUUGACCUCGCCUAG